AUGCCAGUGAUCAAAGGGGGCGCGGUCAAAGUGACUUUGCCGCUAACAGUUUCCGAGAUAGAAACAGCUGAAGCGGACGAGAGCGAUGAUGGAGGCAAUGUAUCAGAACCUGGAGUAGGAGUAGAAGGAGACUUAGAAUCAGGAGAAGGUGACGAUGAAGAAGCCGAAGUCAAAGGAGCUGAUGAAGACCCAGAGGUAGGCGUGGGAAGGAUGAAAACUGCAGAUUCUGGGGGAGACUGCGAUGGACUCGUACCAGAUGUAGCGCUUCCAUCCUCCGCAGCUUUCGCAGUCUGUUGUGAAAUUGUUGGGCCGGAAGCGGGACUUGACAGCGGAGAACUCUGUGUGGAUGUCUCAGGCGCUUUGGUGCUCACAGAACUCGGAACAGUAGAUGUCACGGAAGCCGGUGGUACGGAGGAAGCUGUGGUCCCUGAAGAUGAUCCGCCUUCGGCCGGUUCAUUCGGUGUCUUCGGUGUCGGCGAAGGCGUGGGAGCUGAGGUGGUAGGAACCAAGCUCAAUGACGCGGUGGACAGUACCGCUGGAGACGAAGAUGAUCCGGUGGACGAUGGACCAGCGGAAGUAACCUCGGCCUUGUCCGCAGAUGCUGCGGCAGCACGCGAUGUAGAGCUGGAGGAAAUCGCCUUCGCAGUGCUGCUGGGGGAGGACACAGGGAAGAUAGAACUGCUGAAAGAGGGCACAGAAGAUCCCACAGUGCUGAAGGGAUCUGCAGACGAACUUCCUGCGGACACCGACGUAAAGACAGAUGUCGACCGCGAAAUGAGCGAGGCGGAGGCGGACGAGGAAAUGGAAUCGGAAGCAGCGCUAUAG